AUGCCGUCGGCGCCGCUGAUGCCGGCCGUCGCGCCCGUGGCCGUGCCGCCGACGGUGCGCGUGCGCGUCAUCGACAGACACACGCAAAAGAGCCUCGACGACGUCGCCGUCGUCGUCUUCGUGCCCGCCGACGACCACGCGCCCAUCGUCGUGCCGCUCGCCGGCGGCGCCGCGCAGAUCACGACGGACAAAGACGCGAAGCUCGCGGCGCUGCAGACGCUGCCCGCGCGCAAGUUCCUCGUGCGCGCGACGGCGCCGGGCUACGCGCAGACGACCUACUGCGACGGGCCCAUCUCGCUCUACUACGAGCACGUCGUCGUCGACGCCGAGGGGACGCCCCAGAAGGAGGUCGUCGUGGAGAUGGAGCGGCGGUGCGUGUGCGUCUGGCUCAGCUGCCGCGACGCGCGCACGGGCGACAUGCUGCCGACGGCGAAGGUGCGCCUGCGGGACACGCGGGGCACGGGCGCGGCCUUCGUCUUCGACAAGCCGGGCGAGCACACCGUCGACGUCGGGCGGCCGGACGCGCUCGGCGACGACGCGGUCUACGCCGUCGAGGUCGAGCUGUCGGGCUAUUUGCUGUGGGGCCCGAAGACGGUGACGCUGACCCACGGCGCCGUCGUCGAAUUACACGUCGAUCUCCGGGCGACGGACGUGCGCGUGGACUGCCGCGACCUGAGGACGAUGCAGGCGCUGGACGACGUCUUCGUCACGCUCGUCGCGGGCGACGAGCUCGACGCGCGGAACGACGUGCUCUUCCUCGGCGUCGGGCCGCGGCGCGUGGCGGCCGUGGACCUGGAGAAGCCCUACCGCAUCGAAGCGACGGCGCCGAACAUGCGGCAGGUGUCGGCGACGAGGCCCGCGAUCUUCCGGGCCGGCGACUUCGAGCGGUCCUGGAGCUCCGCGAGUGGCGACGCGGCGCCGCUGCUCGUCCGCGUCCACCUGGAGCCCAUCUCCGUCCCCGAGCCCUUCCCGACGCCGGAGCUGCCCGUCUGGGGCUGGCUGCGCCUCGGCGACCAGCGGCGCGACCCCGACGAGCCGGACCCGGAGGAGAAGCCCGUCCCGGACGACAAGUGGGGCGAGGCGACGGUCGUCAUCACGGUCGUCGACGCGACGGUCCGCGACGCGCCCGUGAACCUCCGCGGGGCCCGCGUCGUCGUCAACGGCGCGGUCCUGUGCGCGGUCGCGGGCAAGACGGGCGACGGCGGCGAGCCCCUCGCGGCCAAGAUCCGCGCGCCGCCCCACGUCGACAAGUCGUCGACCGUCGCCGUGACGGCCCGCGCGGAGCUCGCGGGCUACUGCGGCGCCGACGAGUUCACCGCGUCCACGGCGCGCGUCCACGUCUUCGCCGGCGGCAGCGAGUCCAUCGUCGUCGCGCUCCGGCGCACGACGCUCGCCGUGCGCGUCAUCCGCGCCGACGACGAGCACCGGAGCUUCCUCCCGGGCGACGUGCAGCUCAAGGUGACGCCGACGCACGCGUCCGCGCCGCGGCCGGGCGUCGCGCCGCGGCGCGCGCCGUUUCUGAGCGACGACGACCUCUUCCUCGACGUGCUCCACGCGCAGGCGACCUUCGACGGCACCGUCGCCGCGCGGCGCGGCGGGGAGCGCGGGGCGCCCUUCGUCUACGACGUCGUGUCCGUCGACGGGAGCGUGUGCUUGAAGGACGUCGCGCGGGACGCGCUCGAGUCGCGGCGGCGCGUCGGCUUCGCCGAGGCCGUCGCGCACGCGCUCCAGUCGCGCCCGCUGGACAUCGGCGAGGCCGUCGCGUGCCUCCACGAGCACCGGGGCACCUACGUCGUCGAGUGCAGCGCGAAAGGGUUCCGCCUCGCGGGCGCGGACGACGGCAACUCGCUCACGAAAUUCUUCUCGGGCCGCGACUUCGCCGCGCUCGGCGGCCACUGCGUCGCGCUGCCGCUCGUCCUCCCCAUGGAGCCGUCGAGCGCGCCGCUGCACAUCGUCGCGUGCGUCGACGCCGUCUCCGGGGAGCGCGUCGCGGCGACGGUGGCCGUCGGCGGCGCGACGGCGUCCGUCGACGCCGAGGGCGGCGGCGCGGCCGUCGACGUGCCUCUACCGCCCGGCUGCGCCUGGACGACGGUCAAAGUGGUGGCCACCGCGAAGCACUGGGUCCAGGUCGGGCCCUACGACGCCGCGGUCCGCGCGGACCGGAGAUGCGAGGUCACCGUGAAGCUCCGCCGCGCGGACGUCGUCGUCCACGUGCUCUCCCAGAACCGCAAGAAGCGCCUCAAGGGCGCGGCUUUGCGCCUCACGAAGUUCUUCCAGGGGUCCCAGCGGGACGACCACGUCGAGCGGCGCAUCGAGGCCGCCGUGCCGCUGGCCGUGGACCCCGGCGCGCGCUACCGCCUCUCGGCGUCGCUCCGGAAGCAUCGCCAGCUGUCGAUGACGCAGCCCUUCACGGUGACGGAGCAGAUGUUCCGCGACGCGCACGCGCGCGGCGAGACGGCGCCCCUGCGCAUCGCCGUCGACAUGGACGUCGCCGUCGGCGCCAUCGAUCUGGUCGUCGUCGACGUCGCGGGCGUGCCGGUGCCCGCGGCGCGCGUCACCGCGACCUUCGUGGACGCCCGCGCGCCCCCGGUCGUCGUCGGCCACCGCCGCGGCGUCCACGAGCUCGCCCUGCCGCCGCCGCCGCCGCGGGACCCCGCCGCGCCGCCGCCGCCGCCCGGCGGGAAACGGGGCGACCACGCCGCGGACUUACGGUGCGACUGCGAGGGCUUCGUCAUGGUCAUGGUCUCGCCGCCGCGCGUGCACCUCAAGGCCGGCCGGCUGCGGAAGACGACGGUGGUGCUGCGGCGCACGGACGUGGCCGUGACGCUCCGCGACAACCGCACGGGCGCGCCCGUGUCGACGACGCGGCGCGACGCGCCGACCAGCGUCCGCGUGGAGCUCGUGCCCAUCCGCGACGACGCGGCGCUCGAGGCGGAGCUGCUCAUGGGGGGCGCGGCCCACGCGCCCUUCGCGCCGCCCGUCGUCUUCGAGCGGGGCGACGACGCGCGCGCCGACCGCUUCGGGAAUCCCAAAACCGUCGCCGUCGGCGCCGCGUACCGCGUCCGCGUCGUCGCGGACGAGCGGCUGCGGCUCGUGGCGCCGAUCGACCCGGUCGUGUUCGACGGGUCGGUCUUCGGCCCGCCCAAGGACCUGGCCCCCAUCGAGGCCCUCAUGCUCGAGGCCGCGCGCCUCGCGAAGCGCGGGCGCGAUCCUUUGGCCGACGACGAGCUCGCGUGGGAGAUGCGGCGGCGUUUAGCAGCGGUGCUCGACGUGCGCGUCGAGCCCAUCGUCUGCCACGUCGUGUUGGACGUCGUCGACGCGCGGACGAACCUGCCGGCGGACGACGUCGUCGUGAGCUUCUCGCACGCGCAUUUCGGCACGUUCCGCGCGGGCCACCGGCGCGGCGAGCUCCUCGACGUGCCCUGCCCCGGCGGCGGCGCCGCCGUGGAGGUCGACGUCGUCGCGGAGGCGGCGGACCGCGUCCAGCUCGACCCCAGGGUCGUCACGCUCCGCGCGGGCUGCGGCAACCCCGUGACGCUGUACGUCCGCGACGCGGACGUCGUCGUCCACUGCGUCGACGCGGACACGGGCGAGGCCCUCGAGCCGGCGAAUCUCCACCUGGAGACGGCCGUGGGCUCGCCGCGGGCGCCGCCGCACGAGUACCUGACGCGCGCGGUCGACGCGUCCGGCCGCGCGCUCGUCGCGCCGGGCGUCGAGUACGCGGUCCACGCGGUCGUGCCGCGCUACCGCGCCGUCGGGAGCCGCACGCUCCGCGCGACGACGGCGGACUUCCGGCAUCUCGAUCCGCACCUGCCCAUGCAGUGCACCGUGCGCUUCGAGCCCUGCGAGGUCGAUUUGGACGUCCGCGUCGAGGACAUGGCGACGGGCAUGCUCCUGCAGCGGGUCCACGUCGCCCUGGGGCCCCACGUGCUCGGGUCCGCGCGGGGCGUGCUGGCGCCGUUGGCCCUGCCGCCGGGCGCGCGCGACGCGCGCUGGCCCGUGGAGGCGGCGUUCCGGGGCUGGGUGCUGUGCGCGCCGCGGACCGUGGACGUGGCCGCGGCCAAGGUCCGGGGCGCGCCCCAGAUGGUCACGGUGCUCAUGCGGCGCUGCGAGGUGCUCGUGGCGGCCGUCGACGCCUUCACGCGGGAGCCCCUGGCCCACGCGGCCGCGCGGCUCAAGCCCGCGGACGGCAACGACGCCGCGGCGCCCUGGGAGCUCGUCCACGACGACGCGCCCGGCGAGGCGGGGUUCGUCGUGGACGUCGCGGGCCCGCGGCGCGGCGCCGUCUGCGCGCGGCGCGACGACCGCUACGACGUCCGCUGCGACGACGGCGGCGAGGAGCGCGGCUGCGCCGUCGCGGAGCUCCGGCGCGCGUCGGGCGAGCACGCCGCGGCCUACGAGCUGGAGGACCGCGUGGAGCUCCGGCGGCGCGGCCAGGGCGACUACACGCUCGAGGCGACGUGCGAGGGCUACCGCCAGGCGAGCCACUGCGAGCUCCUGGCGAACGACGGCGUGCGGCCGACCCCGAUGACCUUCGCGGUGCAGGAUUUCGUCCGGUUGCCCGCGCGCGAGCCCCUGCGGCUCACCGUGGAGCUCGAGGCCUUGUACGGCCACGCGGACGUGCGCGUCUUGGACGGCGCGGGCCGGCCCUUGGACGACGCGGACGUCUGGAUCGACCGCCACUACGUCGGCAAGCGCCGCGGCCGCGUCCGGCUCCGGCUGCCCGGCGGCGGCGCGCCCCACGGCGCCAAGGUCGCCUGCGUCUGCCCGGGCUACGUGCUCAUCCGCCCGGCGACCGUGGAGCUGCGCUGCGGCGCCUGCGUCGCCGUCGCGGUGGAGAUGCAGCGCUGCGCGGCGCUCGUCCGCGUCGAGGACGCGCGCGACGGCGCGCCCGUCGACGCGCGCGUCUGCCUCGUGCCCCUGCGGUCCGCGGACAGCGGCCACCGCGCGCCGCCCAAGUGGGUCCAGGUCGGGUCCAAGGUCGAGGCCGUCUACCCGGACUCGGGGGGCUGGUACGGCGCCGUCGUCCGCGGCGUCCACGGCGACGGCACCUACGACGUCGACUUCGACGACGGCGCGCGCUGCGACGGCGUCGGGCCCUGGCACGUCCGCGAGCCGGGCAAGGAGGUGCUGUCGAAGCCCGCGCCGCUCAAGGCGGACCACGACUUCGACGAGACGCUCGACGUCCAGGCGCAGACGUGGUGCGACUGGCGGACGAUGAAGCCCGUGGGCGUCGACGUCCAGCCCGCGCGGUACCGCGUCGUCGUCCACGACGCCUCCGGCGACUACCGCCAGGUGAGCCACCUCGCGCCCGUGGAGAUCCGCGGCGCCGAGCUCCUGUCGCUCGACGACGCGCUCGCCGCGCACCGCGUGCCCGACAAGGCGAAAGCGGCGGCGCCCGCGGGCCUCUUCGGCGGCCUCUUCGGCACGUCCAAAAAGGCCAAGGAGACGGCCGCGGCGUCGGGCGCCAGGGCCGCGGCGCUCCUGAACGAGCUCCGCGCGCGCGACGCGCGGAGCCGCGUCGCCGUGCUCGUCGUCAAGGUCGCGCCGCGGUGCGCGAAGGCGACGAUCCAGGUCUUGGACGGCUCGGGCCUCGCGCCCCUGCCCGAGGCGUCCGUGAAGCUCGGCCGCGUGGUCCUGGGCACGCGCCGGGGCAACGUCGAGGUCGACUGGGCGAAGAUCGCGCCCGGGGACAGUCUGGCGCCCGCGUGCCCGUGGCAGCACGCGGCGGGCGCGCGCGUCACGGGCUCCGGCGUGCCCGUCGCCGUCGACGCGGCGCUCGACGGCUUCGUGCACAUCUCGGAGACGACGGUGCCCUUCACGGCGUCCGGCGUGACGCGCGUCGUCGUCACGAUGCGGCGCGCGACGGUCGCGCUCAAGACGGUCGACUCGGUCACGGGCGCGGCCCUCGGCGACGUCGCCGUGGACCUGCAGCCCCUCGACGGCCAGGCGCUCGUGUCCUGGCCCCUGGGGCACGUCUACGACGGCAACGACGGCGCGCGGUUGGCCGCGCCGCGCGUCGUCGUCGUCGGGAGCCGCUACCGCGCGGUCGCGCAGGGCAGCCGCCUGCGCCAGGUGUCGCCGGACCCGGCGGCGGUCAUGACCUUCGGGCGCCACCUCUGGGCCAACGGCCUGCCGAGCGACUGGGACUACGAGCUCGUCGUGCGUUUGGAGCGCCGCGUCACGGCCGUCGACGUCCGCGUCGUCGACGCGGGCCUGAACGACGCGGUGCUCCACGACGCCAAGGCCGUUUUAGGCGCGGGCGCGGGCGGCGCGUCCUUCAGCGCCGCGGAGGGGUGGACGCAGGACGUCGAGGUCGCGCCGGGCGCGAAGGUGCUGCGCGACGUCGCGGCCCGCGCGGCGCUCGAGGGCUACCUCCAGCUCCCGCCGCGGACGCUCGACAUCGUCGUCGGCGACGGCGGCGCGCCGCGCGUGCUGCGCAUGCGGAGUCUGGACGUCGUCGUGCGGCCCGUGUCGACCUACGACCGCAAGGCCCUCGACGACGCGGAGUGGCGUCUGGUGGUCGAGAUGGCCGACGAGGACGUCGACGGCGAGGCGCGCGCGCGCGUCGCGGCCGUGCCGCGGUCCGCGCGCGACCGCCAGCGCGUGCGCCUCGGCGAGCGCUACGUCGCGGACGUCGGCUGCCCCGGCUGGCGCCUGACGACGUCCGCCGCGCGGCUCGUCUUCGACGUCGACGAGCGCGUCGGCGAGUUCGAGGCCCACGCGCCGGGCGACGCCGUGCCCUUCGAGGUGCCCAUGGAGGCGACGACGGCGCUCGUGCGGCUCGCGUCCGUCACCGUGGCGAACGGCGUCGCCGGCGACGUCCGCGACAGCAAGCUGAGCGCCGCGGAGACGCCCAUCCCGCUCCUGGACGUCGUCGCCGUGCCCCUGCCGCGCCUCCUCCACGCGGCGGACAAAGUGGACCUCGAGAUCACGGCCUUCGUGCCCGACCCGUCGCUCGACUUCGUGAGCCCGCGGACCGUGACCGUGAACCCGGGCGCGCGCGCGGCCGACGGCUCCUGGCCCGCGGUCACGGACGUCGACGCCGUCUUCAAGCGCUUCCACCUCAUCGUGACGAUCCUCGACGAGAAGCGCAACGAGCUCCGCGACGCGACGUGGACCCUCGACGGCGAGUCGCUCGUCGCGUGGCGCAAGGUCGCCGAGGGCCACCGGACGCAGCCCAUCGGCUCCGGCGGCAAGCACCACGUGCACCUCGACACGCGCUACAGGCUCCGGGUCUCCGCGUCGGGCCGGUCCCAGGUCGACUUUAGGGAGCCCGUCGAGUUCGUCGACGGCGACUUCACGAAAUCCGCGACGAAGGACGGCGGCUGGGAGUGCCGGCGCCAGAUCGUCUGCGUGCCCUGCUGCGCGACCGUCGAGCUCAACGUGCUCGACGCGACGACGCGCGAGUCGCUGCCCCAGGCGGCCGUGGAAUUCUACGGCGCGCGGUCGAAGACGAAGCUGCCCUACCUGCUCUGGAACUCGGAGGGCACGGCGCCCGACGACGCCGGCGUGCGCACGAUCAAGCUCGACAACGUGCCCGGCGGCGGCGACGAGGUCCAGCUCGCCGUGUCCGCGACGCUCCCGGGCUACACGCACAUCGACCCGAAACUCUUCGAGCUCCGGGCGACGCGCGCGGACGCGGCCGUCGUACAAUUGGAGCUCCUCAUGCGCAAGUACUACGUCGUCGCCGACGUCGUCGACCCCCGCGGCGACGAGCUCCGAGUGAGGGGCGCGGGCGUCGAGCUCCGGCCCGCGACCCUCGCCGACGCGACGGACGACGUCGCCAAGAGGCAGCGCGCCGCGGCUGUGGUGACGUUCAAGCCCGCGGACGUCACGGGCCAAUCGCCCGUGCCCGUCGUGCUGGGCGUCGUCUAUGAUGUGGUCGCGACCCACCUGGAGCCGCCGCGCGCGGUGCAGCGGGAGCACCUCUUCCGCGGCGCGUGGCGCCCGGGGCCGGAGACGAUCUGCUUUCGGGAGGAGGACUUCCACGAGCUCGAGCGGAAGGCGUCCGAGGCCACGCGGAAGAUGAAGAAGAACGCCGUCUCCGACGAUCUGCGCUACCCCUUCCUCAAGCGCAUCGUCGAGCGGCCGACGUGGCGCGCGCUCCACAGCUGGACGCUCGCCGCGCGCGCGAAGCGGAGGCCCGACCUGAGAGCGCCCCCGUACGCCCUCAAAGUCCGCGCGAUGGCGACGCACUGCGCCGUCGACGUCGCCGUUUUGGACCCGGAGGGCGCCGCGCUGACCAAGGCCGCGGUGCGCUACAAAGCGCGCGGCGCGGACGCCUGGUCCGCGCUGGGCGCGCCGCGUCUGGCGGACCUGACGAUCCCAAAUGGGGGGCUCCCGACAGUUAUGGCCUUUGAGGCGACGCUCCCGGGCUACCUCUCGGAGUCGCCGACGACGGAGAAGACGCUCUUCGCGACGUACCGCGCCGCGCAGCCCCAAAACGCCGCCGUCGAGCGCGUCGAGCUCGUUUUACGGCGCGUCGACGUCGCGAUCCGCGUCACGGACGGGGACGGCGCGGCGCUCACGCGAGCCAAGGUCACGCUCGCGCCCGACGACGCGCGCGCCCCGGCCCCCGCCGACGGCGCCGCGGCGCCGGCCGCGGCGCCCGUCGACCCGCCCCCCGCGGCCAUCGCCGACUCGGACGACGAGGACGCCGCGGCCGACGCGGAGCUCGAGAUCGACGACGACGGCCUCUACGGCCGCGGCCGGCGCCGGCGCCGCCGCUACCGGCUCGCGGCGUCGUCGCCGGGCCUCCAGCCGCGGACGUCACUUGUGGCCAUCGCGGACGCCGGCGUGCGCCAGCACUGGGCGGCGCGCGGCGUCGACGCGCCCCUCGUCUUCACCAUCGCGCUCGCCAGGGCCGUCGCGCACGUCGGCGUGACCGUCCGCGACCUCGCGGGCGCGGUCCUUCCCGACGCCGCGCUGGAGGUCGCCGGCCAGAAACUCCGCGCGGGCGACCACAGCGUACCGGCGGCGCCCCUCGUCGAGCUCGACGCGGGCGACGCCUUCGAGCGCGCGCUGUCCUCGUGUGUCCUCGAGGGCUACUUUGCGUGCUCGCCGAAGCUCCCGGGCGUCCUCGCCGCGUCGGCGAGGGACCACGGCGUCGACACGCCCCUGCGGCUCGAGGUCAUCAUGCAGGAGACCCUCGUCGUCGUGCAGCUCGUCGAGCGGCGGCGCAACGUGCCCAUCGCGGCGCCGCUCGGCUGCAAGUUCGUCGCGACUUUGACGCCCGUCGAGGAGCCGCCGGCGGAGCUCGAGGAUGCGGACCCGCCCCAGGAGUUCGAGGACGUGCGCUACCCGUUCCUCAAGCGCAUCGUCGAGCGGCCGGCCUGGCGGGGCCUGCACUCCUGGGCCGCGGCCGCGGGCGCGGUCCGGGCGCCGAACACGGAGCCGUUCGCGGCGCUCUCCGCGGAGCUCGAGGCGCGGCGGCGCGCGGAGCGCCUGGCGCUGACGCGGCGCCACUACCCCGUCGUCGUCACGCAGGUCGACGAGCCGGCGUCCGUCGUCUGCGGCGUGCGCUAUUUAGUAGCCAUCGACGUCGUCGCGGAGGACGGCUACGCGCCGCCCGCGCUGCGGCAGGUGAGCCACGACUCCGUCGACGCCGCCGCGCUCUUUACGGAGCAGCAGUGGCUCGACCGCGUCCCGAAGGACGGCUGCGAUUUUAGGGUGGACCCCGUGCCGCUGGUCGUGAAGAUGGAGCGCGACGCGAACUUGAUCCUCGACGCGCGCGACGCGGACUCGGACGCGCCGCUGCCCGACUGCAGCGUCGAGCUCGGCGGCGUCGUCUUCGGCACGCAGCGGGGCAUGCUCGAUUUGGACGACGACAUCGAGACGCUCAUGGUCGGCGACGAGGACCAUCUGGACGACGCGCUGACGACGCGGACGCCGACGCGGCGCGGCCCGCCCGCGGCGACGCGGCGCGUCGAGCUCCGCGGCGAGCUCCGGGGCUUCGUCCAGGUGUCGCCGCCGGCCGUGGACAUCGACGGGCGGCGGCGCACGUCUCUGGUCGUGCUGAUGCGGCGCGCGCUCGUCGUCGUGGACGUGCGCGACGGCGGCGGCGACGAGAGCCUGUUCGAGCGGCUCUUCGCCGCGGAGAGCUCCGCGAAGUGCGUCGUCGCGCUGACGCGGACCGACGACGCGCACAAAGAGCCGCUGCGGCCCGUGCGGCCGCCGGGCGACGGCGAGGCGCCGGUGUUCGCCGUGGAGCCCGACGCGGCCUACGAUCUCGAGGUCUACUCGAAGGACCGCGUGACGCACCGCCGCGCGCUCCGCCUCGACGGGGGCCUCUUUUUAGCUUCAUCGGAGCCCCACGCCCUCGUCGUGCGGCUGCUGCGCUCGACGGUGCGCGUCGACCUGUCCGUCGUCGACGCCGUCACGAAGGCGCCCCUCGCGGGGCGGGCGGCCGUCGGCAAGACGGACGUCGGCGAGGCGCGCGGCGAGGUCGACGUCGCGCUGCCGCCGGCGGACGCCGGCGUCGUGCGCCUGCCCCUGCGCUGCGAGCUCGACGGCUACGUGCUGCGCGCGCCGCGUUUUGUGGAUUGCGCGCGCGGCGCGGUCGCGCGGUGCGCUUUGGAAUUGCGGUCCGCGGACGUCGCGGUUAAAGUCGUCCUCGCGGGCCCGCGCCACGGCGGGCCGGACAACGCCGACGACUGCGCGGUCGCGCUGGCGCCGCGGCGGAGCGGCCAGGCCGUCGCGGCCUUUGGCGCCGGGCCCCUGCGGUCCGUCGCGCGGGUCGUGGAAGGAGCGGCCUACGCGUGGGCCUUGACCGGCGACAGCGGCGACGCCUACGCGCUCGUCCGGGAGGACGCCGAGUCGCGGCCGCGCUUCCAGGCGUCGGACUGGGACGCGCUCGAGCGCGACGAGCCCCUCGAGGUCGUCGUCCGCGUCGCGCGGAAGGCGGGCGAAGCAGCGGUAGCGGUCGACGCGGACGCGCCCGCGGCCGCGGUCGUGCUGGAGGUCGUCGACGGCGACGGCGCGGCCGUCGACGCCGCGGAGAUCUACGUCGGCGCCGUCAAGCUCGGCACGAAGCGCGGCGCCUGCGCCGUGCCCGUCGCGGACGGCUUCGAGAGCGGCGGGUUCGCGCACGCGGACGUCGCCGCGCGGUGCCCGGGCUACGCUCUGAUCGGCCCGAAGCGCGUCCGGCUCCAGCCCGAACGCGAGGGGCCCACGACGUUGCGCGUCGUGCUCCGCGCGGCCCGGGUCGCGCUGCGCGUCGUCGACGGGUCGCUCGACGGCGACGGGUCGCGAAUGAAGGAGCCGCUGCCCGGCGCGUGGCCCGAGGUCCGCGGCCUCGGGUCCUACGACGCGGCGCUGUCGGCGGUGGACGGCGAGGGGUUUUGUAUUCUGGACCCCGACGCGGCCUACCGGCUGAGCGUGCGCUGGGACGCGCUCGGCCGCGGGCCGGGCGCGCGGUACCGCGUCCGCCGCGCGACGCUCUCCGACGACGGCGCCGCGGACCCGGCCAUGGCGGGCCGGACGCGCCUCGAGUGGGCCGCGGGCUUUGGGGACGACGGCGCCGUGCUCGCGCCGGGGCACCUCGAGCUCUGGCUCGCGCGGGGGCGGGCCGCGCGCGCCGCGGGCGCGCCGCACGAGCUCCACACGCCCUACGGCGCCGAGCGGGCGCUCCUGCCGCUCCUCCUCGCGCGGGAGGACGACGACGCGUCCCUGGACCUGCCCCGGCGGUUCCGCGCGUGGGCCUCGGACGGCGACGUGUCCGACGGCGUCUUCGCGGAGGGCGUGCGCCACGUCCACGCGAGCCUCGCGGACUUGCCCGUCGACGAGCUCGCCGGCGUCGCCAAGGCCCUGCGGCGCGCCGUCGGCCGGGCGCCGAGGGACGCCGACGCGGCCGCGGCGGCCAACGGCGUCGUUUUGGCCGUGCCCGCGGCCGCGUUCGAGCGGCCGGGCGACGUCCGCGUGGACGUCGAGGUCGAGCCCGUCACCUGCGAGCUGCUUUUGGAGGCCUGCGAGGAGGCGACGCGCGUCGAGAUCCCGCUCCACGCCUGCCACGUCGUCGCGGCCUGGGAGCUCCGCGGCGAACUGUCCGCCGCGACCGAGACCCUCGAGCGCGCGCGCGGCAUCUUCCAGGUCGCCGCGCCGGGCGGCGGCGCCGCGGCGACGCUCAUACUCAGGCUCGACGUGCCCGGCUACGCGCCCUGGGAGGCGCGCGUCGCCGGCCGCGCGGGGCGGCGCGCGAGCGCCGUCGCGGCGCUCCGCGAGAUCGCCGCGGCGAUCGAGCCCGCCGCGGCGCCCGCGGACGCCCUCGCGCUGACGAAUAAGGCGGAGCCGACGACGCUCGUCGACGUCUGGGACGCGUCGAGCCGCGCCCUGCUCGCCGCGGGCGAGACGGACGCGCGCGACGUCGCGCCCGUCGUCGCGGAGCUGCCCAAGUACGUCCUCGUGAGCCCGCUGACCUUCCCGCUCAAAUGGAGCGGCGACGUGCGGCGCGUCACGCUCCACAUGCGCAAGGCGACCGUGGUGGCGACGGCCUACGACGCGCGGGGCCGGGGCCGCGCGGCGCCGUUCGCGCGCGUGUCCGUGCGCCGCGACGACGACGACGACGGCGCCGCGGGCGCGGUCGUCGCCGCGGCCGCGGGCCACGUCGAGGCCGACGUGUCCCUCGGCGCGGCCUAUAGUCUGACGGCGGCGGCCGACGGCUGGGCCCAGGUGACCUACGAGACGCGCGCGCGCUUCGCGCCGCGCCACUUUCGCCGGCAAGAGCUCGACCGCCGCGCGCCGCUGCCGCUCCGCGUGGACCUGGAGCCGACCGUGGUCGACGUGAAUUUGGUCGUCGUCGACGCGGCGACGGAGGAGGAUCUGGACGAGGCGCUCGUGUCCAUCCACGGUAUCGACGUUGGCGAGAAUAGAGGAAUAGUGACGCUGGACCUCGCGGAGCUGCGCGCGCGGGGCGCGGGCGCCUGGGUCGCCAAGGACGGCGCGCUGGCGCUGCCCCUGCGCGUCAGUGCGCGCCUCGACGGCUUUUUAGACGUGGAGGAGCACCGCUGGGUCCGCGCGGGCGCGCGCGAGCCGGGGACGGCCGCGGCGACGUGCACGGUGCUGUUGCGGCGGUCCGAGGUCGCGGCGUUGUGCGUCGACGCGGCGAGCGGCGACCCCGUCAAGGAUUUAAUUUCGGUGACCCUCAUCCCCGAGUUCGGCUGGGCCGAGGACGCCGCGACCGCGGCCGCGAAGGCCGCCGGGUCCGUCCACUUCGACCGCGUGUCGCGCGCGGACGUGCUGCGGUGGAUCGCGGCGGAGAAGGACGAGGCCGAGGCCGCGGACCUCUUCGACGACGAGUUCGCCGAGCCCCGGCCGGCGAUCAACGCGGCCGUCGUCGCGCGCGAGGCGACGCUCCGCGCGCUCGCGACGCCGAGCUGCUCCACGAGGGAGCUGCUCAAGGCCCUCGGCGACCUCGCCCCCGCGGACGUGCCCGGCGACGAGCUGCGGCGCGUCGUCGACGAGAUGUCGACGCACGGCACGCGGAGCGUCGCGGUCGGCGCGCGGUACGCGGUCCGCGCGAGCCACGUCGACUACGUCGCCGCGGAUCCCGCGCAGUUCGUGCGCUUCGACGCGCGGGGCUGGCGCUCCAUCCCGCCGGCGCAGCCGCGCGUCGUGACCAUCCCCGUGACGCCCGUCUUCGUGGACGUCGCCAUCACGGUCGUCGACGACGCGACGUCGUCCGAGGUCGAGGACGCGGCCGUGAGCUUGGGGGACGAGCGCCUGGGGCUGACGCGCAAGGCGCGCCUGCGGUCCUUUUUUACGAAUUCCAUCGGUCCCAAGGACGUGGCCGUCGCGCUCGCGCACCCGCGCUACGUGCUGCUGGAGCCGCGGACGGUGACGCUCGCGCCCGGCGCGGGCGAGACGUCGAUCGCGUGCCGCGCGCGGCGCGCGACGGUCGCGCUGCGCCCGACGCGCGACGGCGUGCCCGUCGACGGCGCCGUCUGCGCGUUGAACGACGUCGACGCGUCGCUGCCGCGCGGCGCCGGCGUCGAGCUCGGCGCGGCGUACGUCGUCUCGGCGACACACGACGCGCUGCUCCAGAUCGAGGCCCGGACGCUGAGCUUCGACGAGCACGACUUCCGCGGUGUUUUGGACGCAUCCCAGCCCCUCAUCGUCGACGUCCCCAUGGAGGAGCGCGGGUCAUACUUCACCGUGACCUGCGUCGACGAGGUCUCGGGCGACGACGUGCCCGAGUGCGAGGUCCGCGUCGGCGACCACGCGUUGGGCGUCGCCCGGGGCCCCGUCAACGAGGUCGCGGUCCGGCGGCCGGGCCACAAGGGCCCCAUCCGCGUCGUCGCCGUCGCGCCGGCCUACGUGCUGGCGAGCGCGGCGGUGAUCGCGACGCCGCGCGGCGCGCGCGGCGCCGCGGACGCGACGGUCGACGAGUUCGACGCGGAGGUCGCGCCGCCCUGCAACGACGUCCAGGACGACUGCCUGACCUGCGUCUACGCCGCCCUAAAGCCGAGCGCCGGCGCGGACACGGUGCUGGAGCUGCGCCUGCGGCCCAUGCGGGUCGUGGUCGCGGUGACGCACGCGUCGGAGCCCGCCGCGGACCUCUCGUCGACGCACAUCGCCGUCGUCGCGCGCGACGGCCUGCGGCGGCCGCCGGCGAAUCUAGUCAUCGAGCGCAUCGACGUCGAGGAGCUGCGGGAGACGCCCCAGAAGCCGCCGCUGCCCACCGCGGCGUCGUCGCGGAGCGUCGCGUCGCUGGGCAACGUGACCUUUGACGGGAUGCACAAACAGCAAAAGUGGGCCUGGCUCGUCUCCGGCUUCCCGCCGAGCCGCGACGGCUACUACGUCGUCGCGCGCCACGCCGCGGCGCGCGCGCGCGACGUCGCCGCGUUCGGACUCGAGGACGUGCUCAGGCGGCCGCGCUUCGACGCGCUCAAGUGCGACGUGCUCCUGGAACCCGUCGACGGCGGCGUCGACCUCGAUGUCUGCGAUGUAGAUGUGGAGGACCAGGGGGCGCUGGCGAAGCUGCCGGCCGCGGACGUCGCGCUCGGCCACCACCGCGUCGGCGCGUGGCGCGGCCGCGUGCAGCUCAUCGAGAUCGCCGGCGGCGGCCGGCCGCGCCACCUCGACGUCUCGAGCCGCCUGGCGCGCUUCGUCCUCGUCGGCUUCGGGCCGUUGAGCGCGGGCUUCGCGGGGUCGCGCGCGCCGCCGCCGCUCCGGGCCGCGCACGAGGCCGCCGUCGACGUGGGCAUGCGCCGCGCGAUGGCGUCCUUCGUCGCCCGGAACCGGAGCGACGGGGCGACAUUGACGGGCUACACGACGACGCUGCGCGUCUACGGCGGCACCGAUGCGGAGACCGUCGUCGCGCGCGACGGCGAGGCCGUCGCCGUCGUCGCGGGCGCGCCGCGCGCGGGCGCGAUCGCCGCGGUGCUCGACGGCGCGGCCCUCGUGCGCCUCGACGACGCCCCGGGGGAGGACCGGCGCGUGCCGCUCCGCCUGCUGGCGCGGCGCCGCGGUUCCUUCGGCGAUGUGCCCGCGGAGCUGCUGCCGGGCGACCGCGUCGACGCGCCGGAGCGGCUCUACGUCGUCGAGUGCCACAAGGAGGGCUACCGCCAGGUGUCGCACCGCGUCGAGGGCACGCUCGAGCCCUUCGCGCUGCCGGCGAGCCUCUUCGCGGGCAACCGGUCCGGCGGCCCCGUGAUCAUCGACGUGUUCGUCGAGAAAGCCGCCGCGGAGCUCUUAUUCGACGUCGUCGACUCGGACGGCGCGGCGCUCGAGGGCGCGGCGCUCGAGGUCGACGGCGUCGCGUUGGCCGACGGCGCCAGGAGCUGCGGCGUGCCCAUCGGCGCGGCGGGCGUCAGCGACGUCCAGGUGGCGGCGUCCCUGGCGGGCUACGCGCAGCUCGCGCCCGCGGGGCCGGUCCGCGUCGACGCGGCGGCGCCGGGCCCGACGAAGGUCGCCGUCGUCCUCGAGCGCUACGUGCUCCACGUGGGCGUCCUCGCCGCGGACGGCGCCCCGGCGAACGGUGCGACGGUCACCGCGCGCUUCGACGGCGCGGGGACGGCGCUGGGCGCCGGCCCCCGGCGGCGGCCCUACGUGCUGCCGUCGCGCCGGGGCGCCUACGUCGUCGAAGCGGCGCUCGAGGGGUCCAAGCAGGUCGACCACCUGGACCCCGUGGCCUUCGAGUCCCUGUCCUGGUUCGCGUCGCCGGCGGCGGCGCUGGCGGACCUGGCCCAGGCGUCGGAGGACGCGGCCGCGUUCGCGCGGCGCGACCGGAGCCACGCGCCGCGCGAGCGCGUCGCGCGGCGGCUCUUCUUCCGGCGGCAGGGCCUCGCCUUCUACAAGUGGCGCCUCGAGACGACGUGCCUCGACGCGGACUGGGACGCGGCGGCGCCCCGCGGGAAGCACGCCUUCCUCGUGGUCCGCGUCGCGGCGACGGCGUCCGCGGUGUCCGUCGACGUCGUCGACGUCGACGACGGCUCCGCGGUGCCCGGCGCCGUCGUCACCUUGAACGGCGUGAGCUUCGGCACGCAGCGGGGCGCCGUCGACGCCGCGGCUGCGGGCUUCGCGCGCGACGCCGCGGGCCGGCUCCCGAGCGCGGAGGCGCGCUUCGACGGCUACCACUCCGCGGAUCUCCUCGAGCGGCGGGCGGGCCGCGCGACGGCUUUGACGUUCAAGCUGCGGGCCCACCCCGUCGUCUGCCGCGUCUUCGAGCCGGCGCGGGGCGCGCACGCCGGCGGCGCCGUCGCGCUCCUCGAGGGCGCGGACGCGUCCGGCGCGCGCCUGGCGGGGUACCUGCGCUUCGACGCGCAAGGCGCCGCCGCGGGCGCGGUCGGCCGCCGCGGCGACGCCGCGGUGCUGCCCCUCGCGGGCCGCGUCGUCAAGGGGGAGCUGGAGCUCAGCGCGGCGCGCACCGUCGACGCGCGGGCCGUGCUCCGCGCGACGCUGGGCGCCGCCGGGGACCGCGGCGUCGACGUCGCGGGCGCGUUCGGGUCGUGGGACGCCGACUGGGACGGCAAGCUCGCGCGCGGCGAGCUCUGCCACGCCUUCGCGUCCCUGCGCAUCGCGCUCGACGCCGCCGAGGUCGCGGCGAUCCUGGCGCUCGUCGAGGACGACGGCCAGAAAUCCGACGUCUGCGCGCUGCUCCGCGGCGGCGGCGUCGACGCGUCGCUCUUCGUGCGCGCGCGCCUCGAGCACGCGCUCCGCCGGUUAGAUUUAGAACGGGGCGUGCUCGUCGAGGCCGUCUUCGCCGAGUGGGACGCCAACGGCAACGGCCUCCUGUCGCGCAAGGAGCUCAAGGCGGGCCUCGCGACCAUGGGCCUCUUCGAGGGCGUCGACGACGCGGACGUCGACGCGGUCUUCGAGCGGACGCGCGCGAGCCGCGCGGACGGCGUGAGCCUGCCGGACUUCAUCGCCUUCCUGGGGUGGUCGCCGGCGGCCGUGCUCGCGCGGCGCCUGCGGGGCGUGCUCCUGAAGGCGGAGCAGCUCGGCACGUCGCUGGACGCCGCGUUCGCGGCGUGGGACGACGACGGCGACGGCCGCGUGUCUCCCGCGGAGCUCGCGGCGGGGCUCAAGGGGCUCCGAUCCUUCGGGAACCUGCUCUCGGGCGACGGCGCCGCGAGCGAGCGCGUCGUGUUGGAGCUCGUCAAGCUGUUCGACGUCGACGGCGACGGCACCAUCUCCGUCCGCGAGCUCUACCGCUUCAUGGGCCGCGACGCGACGGUCGUGACGGAGAUGCGGCUGCGCCGCGUCAUCCACGGCAGCGGCAUCGGCGCCGAGGAGGCCUUCCGCCACUUCGCGGGCGCGGCGGACGAGGUGAGCAGCGCGGACCUCGCGGCGGGCGUCCGACGGUUGCCCAACUUCGAGGACGUCACCGAGGACGACGCGGCGAAGCUCGCGGCGCUCUACGACGCGACGGGCGACGGGACUACUUCAUUAAACGAGUUCGUGCGCCAGGUCGGCGCGACGGCGGACGUCGGCGAGGCGGAGGCGACGCUGCUGCUGAAGCUCCGCGGCGCGGUCAACGAGCCCGCGGCGCCCGGCGAGCGGCCCCGGGGCUUCCGCGCGUUCAAGCUCGCGUGCCGCGCGCGAGCGUCCGGCGGCGCGCUGGACGCGGACGCGCUCGGGCGCGUCUUCCGGGACCUCGGCGUCGAGGACGCGCCCGCGGCCAUGCUCCGCCUACUCGUGGCGCGCCUCUCCACAAAACCGACGGUCGCCGUCGACGACGUGCUCGCGUUCGCGCGGCGCGGCGGCGUCGGCACGCCCCAGGACGUCGCGACGCGCCUCGGGGAGCCGUCGCCCCACGACGGCGCCCUCAGGGCGCAUCCCGACGCCGCGGCGGACAAGUUCGGCCGGCUCGUCGCGUCCUACGAGGCCGCGGGGCUCGACGUCGGCGCGUUCUUCGCGUCGCUCGACGCGAACGGCAACGACGCGAUCUCGCCCGGCGAGCUCUACGCGGGGCUGCGGAGGCACGACGCCUUCGCGGACAUGACGCGGCAGGACGCGCUCCGCGUGCUGCGCCACGUCGACAGCUCGCGCAACGGCGCCAUCGAGGUCGGCGAGCUCGAGGCUUUCGCGCGCGACUACAAGAAGCGCGGCGAGCAGACCGCGGACGUCGCCGCGGGGCCCUGGACCGAGGCCUUCGGGGCGGCGCGGGCCGCGGCCGCGCUCGUGGCCUUCGCCGACGACGGCGGGGCGCUGGCGUCGCUGUUCUCCGGCGCGGGGGCGCUCGGCGCGGCCGCGCUCCUCGACGCGUGCCGCGCGACGGAGUGGCCGGACCUCAAAGUUUUGGAACAACGGGAUCUCGAGGCGAUCAUCGCGCAGGCGGGCAGCGACGACUCGCUCGACGCGCGCGAGCUCCUCGCGUUCCUGGGGACCUGGCGGGCCUACAGGGCGACCUUCGCCGGGAACGGAUCCGACACCGCGGAGACGUACGCGACGCGCGCGGGCUUCGUUGUGCGGAAGACGGCCGUCGCCGACGUGCGCGGCACGUCCGCCGCGGGAGCGUCGGACCGCUGGGAUCUGGACGUCGCCUGGCCCGAGGCCGCGGACGUCCGCGCGCUCCGGGACGCGGCGACGCCCGAGGCGCUGGAAUUGCUGGUGCGCGGCGCGGAGACCGCGGGCGCCGCGCCCGCGCAGCGGCCCUUCGACGACGUGACGCACGCCAUAGCCGUGCACCUCCACCCCCACGUCGCCGCGCGGCGCCAGGUCGACUUCCCCGCGGGCGGCGACGCGCGCGAGCUCGUCGCCACGGGCGACCCCGGCUACGCGGUCCGCCUCGGCGACGGCGGCGACCGCCGCUGCGUGCGCAAGUGGCGCCUCGGCGCCGUCGGCGCGUUCAAGGGCACGGCGUGGACGGACGCGUCGACGCCCGUGACCUUUUCCGACGCGGCCUUCGACGCCAUGCGCGAGGCCGCGCGCGCGAAGCAGGAGGAAGAAAUCCACGACCCGCGGUACCGCUUCUGCGCGCGCGCCGCGCGGCACCGGCUCUGGCGCGGGCUGCUGACGUGGACGCGCGUCGCCGGCGCCGCGCCGCCCCCGAGGGCGGACCCGCUGCUGGCCAUCCCGCUGGAGAUCCGCGUGGGCGCGACGUCCGCGGUCGCGAAGUUGGACGUCGUCGACGACGAGGGCCGGCGGCUGCCGGAAGCGCGGGUCACCGUCGACGGCGCCGACAAGGGGCUCGCGCGCGGGUCGCUCGCCAUCGAGACGGAGGAGGACGCGUCGGGCGACGUGGCCGUGGAUUUUGGCGCCGUGUUAGAGGGCUACGUCCAGCUCCCGCCGACGCGCGUCGUCCUCGAGGGCGGCCGCGAGACGCGCGUGUCGCUCCGCAUGCGGCGCUGCGACGUCCACUUCUCCGUCGUCGACGAGGCGACGGGCGACGCGCUGCCGGCGGCGGAGCUUGAGAUCCAGAGCGACGGGCGCGCGGACGCGCUGCGGGGCGCGGGGGUCGUCACGGUGCGGCCCGACCGCGGCUACCGAGUCGCGGCGAAGCUGCCCGGCUGGCGCCAGGUCGACGCGGACGUCGCCGCGUGGCCCGCGGCGGCCUUUUUGGAGGAGCGGGGGCGCGUGGCCUGCGUCGUGCGCCUCGCCCACGCCUCCGUGCCUUUGGUCGUCGACGUCGUCGACGCGGGCGACGACCACGCUCCGUUGGCGAACGCGCGCGUGAAUCUGGGCGGCCACGCGUUCGGGGCCGUCGCGCCGGGCGCGACGCUCGAGCUGCCCUGGGCCUGCGCGUCGGCGCAGACGGCCGUCGCCGUCGACGUCGGCGGCGACGACACCUGGCUCCUCCUCGGCCCGCUGUCGCUGGACCUGCGCGACGUCCCCGCGGAGCCGCGGAGCAUCACGAUCCGCGUGCGGCGCGCCGCGGUCGUCGUCGACGUCGUCGAGGACCGCGCGGGCGCCCCGGCGCAGCGCCUCGUGCACGCGACGGUCACUCUCGUGCCCGUCGACGGGUCGUCGGCCUGCCGCCGCGCGACGGCGCCGUCCGGCGACGCGCUGGCCGUCGUCCCCGGCUCCUACGACGCGGCCGCGGCCGCGCCGGCCAUGGUCCAGGUCGGGGAGUUGAGGGCGGAUUUGGGCGUGGACCGCUUCCGGGCCCUGGCCGACGCGCGGCAGCCGCUGACGCUGACGCUGCGCCUCGCCGUGUCGUCCGUCGACGUCGCCGCGCGCGUCGUCGACGGCGCGGGGGGGGCGCUGGAGAGCGCGGCGCUCGCUUUGAACGGCGUCGACUACGGCCACGGCCGGUCCGUCGCCGUCGAGCUCCCGCGCCUCGCGCCGGGCGAGCCCACGCCCGCGCGGCUCGACGUGGACGCGGAGGCGGCGCUCGCGGGCUACGUCCAGGCGCCCGAGUCGCGGCGGCAGCGCGUGUCCCGCUUGCUCCCGUCGAACGACGUGCUAGCGCCGCGGCCGCCCGUCGUCGUGCACGUGCUCAUGCGCGCGACGCGCGUCGUCGUGCGCUGCGUCGACGCGCGGACGCGCGAGCCGCUCCCGCGCGCGACGUGGCGCCUCGUCGCGGCCGACGGCGCCGCGGACGUCGGCGGGCCCGACGCCGGCGUCGCCGUGCGGCUCGGCGUCACUUAUGAGAUUGCCGCAUCCCUACGAGCCUGGCGGCCGACGUCGGCGACGACGCCGCCGGGCGCGAGCGAUCCCGAGCGCGCGCGGCCGGGCGCGUUCGCCGUCCAGUUUUCCGGGAGCGACUUCGACGGCGACGAGCCCGGGCCUCUCGUCGUGGAGGUCGCCUUCGAGCCCGUCGCACUGAGAGUUACAGUGGUGUUGGUGGAGGAGACGCCGACGGACGCGGCGACCUUUUUAGACGACGUCGCCGUGUCCCUCGGCGGGACCGCGGCGACGCGCGACCGGGCGCUGACGCUGCCCCUCGAGGCGCUCGCGGCCGCCGGGGGCACGCUGCGCCUGCCCGUGGCGGCCCUCGGCUCGCGCCACGUCCUCGUCGGGCCGUCGGAGCUCGUCCACGACCUCGAGGGCGCCGGCGUCGACGGCGACCACGAGGCGACGCUACAACUGACGAUGCGCGCGGCGUCCGUCGAGGCGGACGCGCUGGAAGCGAAGGACGACGGCGUCGCGCUGGCCAAGGUCGACGGCGCGACGGUGGCCGUCGCCCCCUACGACGCGGGCUACGCCGGCGGGACGCUCCUGCUCGACGCGGGCCGGCCGCGGCCGGCGGUCGUCGAGCUCGGCCGCGCGUACCGCGUCUCCGCGCGCUGCGACCGCAUGCGCCUCGUCUCCGGCGACCGGUUCGAGAUCAAACCGGCGGACGUGCUCGCGCUCCCGCCCGGGGGCGUGUCGACGAUUUCCGUGGUCCUCGCGCGCAUGCUCCGGGCGACGGCGACGCUGUGCGUGCGGGCGCUCUACGACGUCGCGAGAGACCGAGAGACGCCGCUCCAAAGCGCCGCGCGCGCCUACGACGGCGCCGCCUUUCUCGCCGUCGACGCCGCGGGCCGCCACGGCGAGCUCGACGCGGCGCACGAGGACCCCGCGCGCCACGCGACGCGGGGCUUGUACGAUGUGGCGGCGGACCUGCCGGGCUACCGCCAGGUGUCCCAUCUGGAGCCCGUGCUCUUCGAAGCGAAGAAGUUCGUCGCGCUCGGCGGCCCCCGGGAAAAACUAGCGACGCCGAAUCUCGCGCCGCCGCCGCUCCAAUUAUGUCAAACGACGACCUUUUGCCUCGCGACGACGCCCCUCGCCCUGCUGCGGCGCUUCAACGACCUCCGGGCCGCGCGCGCGCUCCGGACGUGGGCCGGCGGCGCCGCGCGGACCCGGGCGGCGCGGCUGCUGGCGCCCGCGAGCCUCGAGGGCCGCGGCGGCGCGUCGCCGCCCCUGGAGAUGACCGUGAAGCUCGUGCCCUGCGUCGGCGAUUUGGACGUGUCCGUCGUCGACGACGCGACGGGUUUAGACCUCGACGACGCGCUCGUGACGCUCAGCCCGCCGGACGGCGACGCGCCGCCGCACGUCGGCGACUGGCCGCCCAUGGUCCAAAAACCGCUGAAUUUGGGCGCGCGGCGGGGCCGCGUGCGGCGCGUCGCCCUGGCGGGCGACGGCGAGCCGACGCCGAUGCUCGUGAGCGCGGCCCUGGAGACGUACUUCCGCUGCUCGCCGGACCGCGUCUGGCUCCGGGCGGGCGACCGCACGGCCGUCGCCGUGCGGCUGCGGCGCGCGCUCGUGCGGCUGCGCCUCGUCGACUUCGACACGGGCGCGCCCUGGGCGCCGCGCGCGCCCGACGCCGCGCCGCGCGCGGAGCUGCGCCGCGCGGACACGGGCCGCGUCGUCGCCGUCUUCUCCGCGGCGCGGAACCCCGUCGCCGUGCCCCUGGACGUCCCGCUGGUCUUUGUCGUCGACGCGAAGCGGCACGCGCAGAAGACGAUGGUCGACGCCGUCGUUUAUACGGCGGACGACUUCUCAAGGGGCCCGCUGGACGUCGCCGUCGCGCUCGCGCCGUCGUCCUGCGCCGUCGACGUGCGCGUCGUCGACGCCGCGAGCGGCGCGGACCUGCCGCUGGCCGACUUUGUCUGCGGCGACGAGCACUUCGGGACGCGCCGGGGCGUUUUGGAACUCGCGGGCUCGGACCUAACGGCGCCGCGGCGCGUCGACGCCCUGCUGGACGGCUACGACGACGUCGACGCCUCGCGGGGCCGCGUGCUGCCGGUGCCCGGCGGCGUCGCGCCCGUCGUCGUCCGGCUCCGCGUCUUCCGCGUGCGCCUGUCGGCGGUGCGGUUCCGCGCGCGCGGCGCGCCCGCGGCGCUCCUCGACGCGCGCGUCGUCCUCGAGCGCGUCGACGGCGGCGCCUGCGCGCCGGCGCUGAGCCGCGACGGCGUCGCCGAGGCGGGCGUGUCCCUCGGCGUCGCCUACCGCGUCCGCUGCACCAGGGACGGCUUCCGGCAGCGGUCGCUCCGCGACCCCGUGACCUUCGACGUCGCGCACUUCGACGGCUGCGGCGCCGCGGCGCUCGCUUUGGUCGUCGAGCUCGAGGCGGAGACCUUCGAGGCCAUGGUCCGCGUCGUCGACGACGCGAGCGACGCGCUCAUCCCCGGGGCCGUCGUGACCAUCGGCGGGCACGAGUUCGCCGCGGCGCCCGGCCCCCGGGGCUACCGCCACGUCGGCCGGCGCGUGCCGGGCACCCCGGGGCCGUCGGCCUUCCCCCACGCCGUCGCGACGUGCCCGGGCUACCUCCAGACGUCGCCGCAGCGCCUGGAGCUGAGAAACGACGGGCUCGCGCCUUGCUCCACUUUGCGGUUGCGGCGCGCGGCCGUCGCGGUCCGCGUCGUCGACGGCGACGAGCGGGCCGUGCCGGACCCGAUCGUGCAGCUCAGCCUAUCCGCGCGGAAGCGGCGGCCGGCCGCCGUGCGGCGCGCGGCGCGCCGCGCCGCGGUCGCGGUCGCCGACGCGGCGGACGCCGUCCGGCCGCGCCGGUCCGUGCUCGUCGUGCUGGGCCGGUCCUACGACCUGCGCGUCGUCCACGAGUCCAUGCGCCAGCGCGAUCUGCUGGACCCGCAGCGCUUCGAGCGCCUCGACUUUCUGCGCGCGGGGCCCCUGGCGCGCGCGCCCGGAGCGCCGGCGGCGGCGCCGCCGCCGGACCCGCUCACGCUCACGGUCCACCUCGAGCCCUACCGCUGCAGCAUCGACCUCGCCGUCGUCGACGCCUUCGGCGACGACCUCCCGGACGCCCAGGUCAAGCUCGGGUGCUACCUCGUCGGCACGCGGCGGGGCGUCGUCGACCUGGACCUGACGGACCGGGCCGUGGUGGGGGCGUGA